ACAAGAGAUAUGGAAGUUUCCGGCGUCGUUCUCCGACAGAUUCCGUCUGUUUCAGGCUCCGUUGCCGUUGGCCGUUACUCCGGUCUCCGAUCGGUGUCUGAAUUUUCCGGCAAUUCACGGGCGGUGUGGUUUCGAAACCGGACAUUUCGCGGGAUUAUGUGCAAUAACGAGUUUGCGGAUAAAGGGCACAUGAAUUACUAUUUUGAGCCGACGAGAUGCGGCGACGGAGAGAAGGAGAAGAUUAAGGUUUUGGAGAAAGAGAAGAAGGCGAUGAAGAAGAAAGCGAAGGUUCUCAAAAGUCUUUCUAAGAACUUAAACAUGUUCUCAAGCAUAGGGUUUGGUCUUGAUCCAGAGGCCGGUUUAGUUUCUGAGAUUCAGAACAAGACGAUUUCGGAAGCAACAGAGAUUUUGGUUAAGCAACUGGAGCAAUUGAAAGCAGAGGAGAAACUAUUGAAGAAACAGAGGAAAGAAGAAAAGGCAAAAGCUAAAGCUAUGAAGAUGAUGACUGAAAUGGACUCUGAAUCAUCUUCUUCGUCUGAAUCAAGUGACAGUGAUUGCGACAAAGGAAAAGUCGUUGACAUGAGCUCUCUCAGAAACAAGGCUAAACCGAUUCUUGAUCCGUUACAGUCAGAAUCUACAGUAGCAACACUGCCUAGAAUCCAAGAGACUCUGAUUCCUAAUAAGCUCGAAGAAGAUUCACGUUCUUGCAAGAACACCGUCGAAGCUUUGCAGCUUGCUCUGCUUCAAACAUCCACAGUCUUUCCUUCAAUCCCCAAUCCUGGACAGACAUUGAAGACGAUAGAAGCAGUUCCAGUGGUUGGAUUGCCGUUGAAGAGAGUAGAAGUUUGCAUGGGAGGAAAGUGUAAGAAAUCAGGAGGAGCUGUGUUGUUGGACGCGUUUCAAAAGGCGAUGACGGGCAUGCAAGGAUCUGCUGUGGCUUGUAAGUGCAUGGGGAAGUGUCGAGAUGGUCCAAACGUUGGAGUCGUGAACGAGACUGAUGCUGUGGUGGUGACUGAUUCGGUUAGGACACCUUCAAAGACCGUUUGUUUAGGAGUUGGGUUGCAAGAUGUGGAAACUAUUGUCACUAGUUUCUUUGAUGAAGAAUGUAGCAGAGAAGGACUUGGUUAUGUCUCACAUUGA